AUGACGACAACCAUUCAGCCCUAUACACCGCUAGAGUGGAGGAUUUGUACUAAGGCUUUCCAAGAUUUUGUUCGCCAAUAUGGCCCAACAGCAUUUUCCUUUGAUUUAAGACCUGCGGAUAUGCCGCAACACACUUUUCAUCUUGACAGUAUUCUAACGAUAGAAGGGGAUACUCUUAAAUUAAGAAUAGGACCAAACGAUUUUAUGGACUGGGAGACCGUGUGCCCGUCUAUUACUGGUUUUACGAUGCCUCGGAACCAAAAUUUUCUCCAAAUUUUCGAGACGACAUAUAACUUAUUCAGAUUAGAAUGGGCCGCACUGGGAGAGGAAGCUCUAAGGCUUCAUCAAGAGUAUAACAGCGCACGAGCACAGUUAGAACACGAA